AUGGGGCCUCUGCACGUGCUUGCGCCGGCCGCCGCGGCGGUCAUCAUUGGAGUCUUGUCGAUUUUUUACCAGGUCGCCGCCCUCUCUCUGAAGGAAGCGCCGGCAUCUGACCUCUCCUGGAUUCCUGAAGGGUCGUCAGGAUAUCGCGCUGUACAGAUUACGCCGGAGGGGUUGCCAUUUCUGCUCCGCGCCACCCCUACCGAACCUCCGGAGGCCAAAAUCGCUGCCGUGGCAAUCCAGAAGGCCUUGAAGCAGGAAGCUCGCGCCGCAAAACGAGCAGAAUGGAUCAGUGGUUUUAAGGCAUCCAUUUUCCGCCUUCCUUUUCCGGCACUUAGGCGAAAACUGAGACGACGACUGGAGGCCUACAAAGAAGCAGAGAGCUCCUUCAAAACAGCUAUGGGCAUCGGGGUGACGCGGGCUACGCUCGGCGGAUUCUAUGGCUUCGGCGGCCUUGUCGGUGCCCUGGCUCUGCCCUUCCGUGCAAUCGCUUACACGGUGGCGAGCGGCUUCCGCGCCCUCAUGGACUCCUCAAAAAAUAUUUACAAUGCGCGGAUUGCGGUGAUGCGGGCUGAGAAGGAUCAGGCGCAGAAGUUUGUGAACGCGGAGGUCCAGCAGACGGCUCAGAGCCACCACGUGAUUCAGCUGAUCGAGAGACUUUCAAAGGCAAUUGUCGCCCACCUCAUACCAGCGGACCAGCUGCGCCUUGAUUUGAGAGUGACUGACAUGCAACUCAUGAAGGCGCAAGUGGUCGCGCUCUACCGGCGGUUUAAGAACGAAGUGAAAACCAACAAAAUGCUUCGCACAGUGGCUCAGGGCGAAGCUGCGAGCUCCUUCUUCGGCCGUGUGCGACGUCGUUUCGUCUAUCGCCGGACCCUACUAAAGAACGCGGAGCAACACCUGUUCACUGCCUUCGUGGUCGCCGUCCAGCAGGCGUCCUUCAUUCCUGGCGAAACCAUGCAGGGCUUCAACUCUCGAACUGAAACAGCGACAAAUCUCGUCGAUCUGCUGUUCCAAAUGACCGACCAGGAAGACAAGGGACAGGCGAAAGCUACAGAAAACUUUCUACGGCUACAUCAAGGCUACCUGGAAGAGAAAACAAUCAAUGAGAUUGCAUCAUCGUUGGCGUCCACUGUCGUUGCGCAACGCUACGAGAUGAUUUCCCUUCUGCAACAACUUAGCCGACAACCUGGCAGGUUGCUGAGUCCCGACGAUGUGCGCCAAGCCUGCCGCGGACCAGGGAAAUAUGUUGACGCCGCCAGCGUACAUGCAGGGUUUCCGGUACCCCUCGACACGCGGCUAGACUACUUCGUCUACAUCUACAGAGCUCCACAUCAAGACCCUGAACUCGAGCUGCAGAGGUGUGUGAGUGCGCAAAAUAUAUAUCGGCUCGUAGGCCAGAGAAACUUUUUCGUUCCGAGGACCGACAGCACUCGCGACAAGCGCCCCAAGUUCGACAUCGGCGACUUCAGGCUCGUUAAAGGCUCGCUUCUUUUGUCGAAGGUUGAGGAUCCUGAUACUGUAAUGCUCCGCUUGAUCAACGCCGUUAGCGGUUAUCUUUACAACACAUUUGAUUCCGACUCUCUGAAGCAAUUCGUUAAGGAGACCUUGCUGGAUCUUAACUAUAUCCCCAUUUCCGAAAUCCCGGAAAAAAGCUCAUCUUUUUUCAGCUGGCGCAGAGCCGUCAAGAACCAGCUGCUGAUAAUCCCGUCCUGCGUAGCUCAGAAACUGUCUUCGACUGGCGAGCGACCGCAAGACUUGACCAUUCCGGUUUUGGGGGAAGACACGUGGAAAGAAGUAUUUGAGCAGUGCGGCUUCGAACUGACGCCUGUCUCUCGCCUUCGCCGUUUUCUACGCAUUGGAGUGAAGCGGGGGUUCGCGGGUCUGCUGCAACGGGUGCGGGUCAAUACAGGAGUGUUUAGGGGAUCGCGAGUCUUUCAUGAUGCCGCUUGGAGAGCUCUGCGGCUCUACCUAGGUGGCGAGGACCUGUCCACUGAAGUUUCGGGUCUGCGGGAAGAGUUUUUCCCCCAAGAUCCCACCUUCGCCUACCUGAAUUCGGUUUUUGCCAAGAUUGUUGCGGAUUCCGGUAUCGAGGCCUUCUCGGACGCGAACGAGCUAGAGCCCCAUCUAGCCGCGGAGUCGGCUUCGUUCCCCUUGAAGAUCCAGCCGGUAACCAGCAAUCAUCUCUACACUCCUGCAGAAGCCCCUGAAGCGUGGCGUGCGGCUAUGUGGGAGCAACUUGACAAGCUGGUGACGGCCUCUGGACGCCUGCGGAUUGUCGUCAGCGACAGAGUCCGAAUCAGCGCGUGCCGAGCCUUGAAAAGGUUGCACAAGCGAUACCGCGAAGAUGAGGGCGUUAUCGAUGAGGUUCUGCGCUAUUUUGGGCUCCAAGGCCCACAUCCACCCGUCAGGUCCCUCGUGUGUUCCCGGGCGCCAGCAAACGCCGACCCGUCCGCCGAGACCGUGUUCGCGACCAACGCCUUCCCUGCCAGAGGGACGACUGCAGAUGGAAGUCUGCCAGAUCCCAUGGCACCUUUCCGCCUCUUCGUCGAACGCGCGCUGGCGGCGCUUGACGGAGGCGCACAGCUUCCUUUCGUUAUCCGCUUCCUGCUGGAAGGCGAACCACAUUUGUUUCAGAUGCACUCGGUGGUGGCGCGGCCGAACGUUGAGACCAUGCGUGGGUACGAGGCUGAGACUAUGCUCAAACUGGCGAAAGAGAUGCCACACGGGAGCUUCGAGGCGGUCCUUGAGCGCAUGAAAGGCGUCUUCAUGAAGAUGUUCGACAUCGAAGUCGUCGGGCUUAGACAUAAAACCGGAGCUGACUGUUUUUUCCUGGGGGCGCCCUGGGCGCACACCGGACUUUGGGGGAGCAGCAACUCUCUGUUCGAAGUGCCGGAGGAGAGCGUUUUUGCACCAAAGUCUUCACUCAGCCCCGAGGACUGCAUCAGCGGGGGUCGCGAUGGCGAGACGUUCGUUGAUGCGGUCAACUCAGCUGUGCAGCAGUGGAUAUCCCAAGGGUUUUCGCACAUCUUGUUCAACGAAAACUUAGAUGACCAAGCGUUGCAGACUGUGGACUACGAUGAGAUGCUUAGUGACAAGAUGGGUGAUUUUCAAGCCUUGGGCGACCAGACCCGUACUGUUUUUCGAGAUAUGGUUCGCAUUCAGCAGAACCCAGCGCUCCUCAAGAGGGCUCACGAUUUCUUGCAAAAAUAUUUCGGUGACCCAAACACACCGCCUCCCCCCAAUAUCACAAGGUUUGUCAUGCUCAAGGCCCUUGCUACUGAAGGAAAGGACGGCUUUUUCGAUGGGUUCCAGUCUAACGCACUCAUCUACCUUAUUUGGAAACACAAAGACCUGACGCUGGCAGGAGUCCCUGAGGGUGAAGAUCCGAUGGCAAUUGCCUCCAAACUGUCGCAAUUUGAGAAGAGCAUGAUCUCGCCGGACUCCUUGUCAUUGCCGUUGCGGUACACGGUCCCCUUCCCGCUAAUGGCAGAACAGCAAAUCAAGCGUCAAGGAUUUCUUCAUCGCUUCAUGUAUCGCCGGUUUUACGAAAUCCCGAACAACGUCAUUUUCUUUUCGACAAUUGGCGCGACGGCGUGCCUUGCUGGAGGUCCGGCCGCUCCACUCUGUGCCUCCAUAUUCUUCAAAUUUUCACCGUUGUACGGUUCCCAAAUCGUCGGUGCCGUCGGUCUCUUGAUUGGAGCCACCAUAUCACUCGUGAAAGUGUUCAAAUGGUAUAUAUAUUCAAGUGCUCAGCUCGCAGUUCAGCACAUCCUCUGGGGCUCGCUUCAGGUGGCUGUCGGGUCUGCCACAGCGAAGCUUCUGGACAGUUUGCCUGCUGACUCGAAGCUGGCCUCUGAAGAAGCAGAAAAACUGGCUCUCAUAGAUGAGAGCGGCUUGCCUUUUCUACGAGCCCCCUCUACCCCGACUGUCGUAUCCGAGGCCUCAACAACAGUCGCCCCGUCGGAAUCACAGGAGACUGAUAUUUCUGAUCUACAACUAGAGAAUACGAACUGA